CUCUGAGAAAAUCGUUCACUUUAACUACCAUUUAUAUAAAUGAUGGAUUCAAGUCAAGAAUAGUACCCUUGGGACCGCACGAAUAGACCUCUCACACUCACCCCCAAGACUGAAGUUGCACAGCUACUAAGGCAUAAUGGGCAAGCAAAGCUUUUCAGGGUUUCUUCGCGAGCAAUGGACAGAACUCCCCAUCUCCACUACGGACAUCAGCGACCAGUCACUGGUCGUGGUCGGCACUAAUGUCGGGCUUGGAAACGAAGCUGCUGUGCAUUUGGCUCAGCUGAAACCCAAGAGUCUGUUGAUCACCAGCAGAGACGAAGCCAAAUGCGAACAGUCAAAAGCAGGUAUGCGUGAACACUCUGAAGCUUACCAAGGGAUUUUAUGACUUGUAUAGACGUGGAGACCCGGUCGGGCAUGACUGAUAUCGAAUCCUGGCCCCUUGAGCUAAGCUCAUUCGACUCAGUCCGUUCUUUUGUGAACAAGUUUGAGGCGAAGGGUUGUACAGCAAAUGUUCUGAUCGCCAACGCCGGCAUGUCGACAUUGAAGUACACCAAAACCCCGGAUGGCUAUGAAACCACAUUACAAGUGAAUUACUUGUCGACUGCUCUGUUGAGCAUAUUGAUGCUGCCUCACCUCAUCAAGACUGGGACUCCUGAACAUGCUUCGAGACUAGUUAUCGUGUCUAGCGAGGUUCAUUAUCAAGCCAACAGACUGACAGGGUCAGAGAAAUGGCCUAGUAUAAUCGAAAUGAUCAACGAUGAGGCGUAUUGUACCUUUAGCGUGAUGAGGAACCGAUACCACCUAUCCAAACUCCUCGAAGUGAUGUUCGUCCGUGAGCUGUCUUCUCGGCUUUCCAAACCAGCGUUGGUCGCAGUUUCAGCGGUCAAUCCCGGUUUUUGCUACUCCCGUCUUGUGCGAGAACUGGAAUCGAAUCUUUUGAUCAAGUUCGUUCUGGGCAUUGGAAGGGCAUUACUGGCUCGCACGACUGAGAUGGGUAGUCGGACACUUGUCCAUGCGGCAAUUGAGCCAGGUGAAAGGGAACGGCAUGGCCACUACCUGUCGAGUUGCGAAGUUACCGAAGAGAGCGAUUAUACUCUCAGUGCGGAAGGAAGGGAGGUGUCGAAGCGUUUGUGGCAUGAGACCCUCAAGAUCCUUGGAGACAUCGAUCCAAGAGUCAAUACAAUUGUGUCUGAGAACCUCAUUCAGGACAUAGCAUGACUUGACUGUUAUCCAUUAUAGACCGCCGUUUGUGUUCUUAUGUGUGGGCGUCGGUGGGACAAAAUUGAGGAUCUCGAAUGUUUAUAGGAAUUGCUUGAAACAGCGUGUUCAUAUAUUUAAGCAGGUAGUUCCUUGUCACCGUCGUCACUAUUUAUGUCGUCAAAAUUAGCGAGAAAAGUUCCUUCACCU